AUUCCCCGCUGCCUGCCUCUGUCCCUCCCCUCCUCUCCCUUUUCUAGGAGUAUAUUUUUCUUUCUUUUCCAUUUUUCUCCGUGGAUUCCCAUGGUCACCACAGUGAAGUCUCGGCCGCCGCAUGCCUCCUUCGCCAUGAGCGGCCGCCGCCACCGCUCUUCGCCGGCGGCGCCUUCCUGCUCCUCCUUAAUCGGGGGUUCGUUGCUCGCGCUAUGCUGCUUGACCUUGGUGCUCCUUGCUUUCUCCGUGUCGGCGGCGGCGGGGGAUUGCGCCGAGGAGAGUGACGGGGCUGACGGGGACGGUCGCUGUCUCGGCUUCCGGGAUGCCUGUGCAGACCAAAGCGCCUUCUGCUUCUCGUCCUCGGUGGCUCAUAGGCUGCUUGCAAGCGAGGAUUGCAUCAAGGCGCCGGAUUUGGAGGUGUCAAGGGAGUGGGGACCGUCGUCUCCGCCACUGGGCUUCCCGAUGUCCGGCGGCGGAGGCGUGGUGACUUGCUCUUCUGUUGACACGACGCUCACCCGGGUGCGCAAUGGAUUGGGGCGAGACGAGGAUGCUGGUGUGAGGCACAAUGCAGCGUCGUGCCAGGCACCGCUUGUGCCUGACAAUUGGAUGCGUGCAUCAGCCGGGGUGCCGAUGGAGUUGGAUGGCACGGCCGCAGAUGUCGACCCGAGUGGCCUUCACAGUUCCUUGUCGAUGAAUGUGGCGAUUAACCCGCCGGUGCUGGAUUGGGGCAGGAGAGACUUGUAUGCUGCCUCCAUGGCCACCUUGACCGUGGUGAAUUUGAACAACGACAGUGCCCUGCGUCUGUAUGAGCCAUUCAGCACUGACCCCCAGUUCUAUGUAUAUGGUUUUGAGGAUCUGGAGCUGCAGCCUGGGGAUAAUGCGACAGUCACCUUCAUUUUCUUGCCAAAGUUGUUGGGCUCGUCAUCAGCACAUCUGGUUCUGCAGACAAAUUUUGGUGGAUUUAUUAUACAUGCAAAGGGCAUGGCUGUCAGUUCUCCCUAUCAGAUACUUCCAUUGACAGGGAUAGAUGUUGUAAUAGGUGGACGGCUAGAGAGGAACUUGUCGAUAUACAACCCCUAUGAUGAUACUCUCUAUGUUGAGGAAGUGGUUGUUUGGAUGUCUUCAUUGGAGAGCACAAGAUAUUCUUCUCACCUUGUUUGCCAGCUAGGCCUGUUUGAUGGAGCACUGGAGCUAUCUUCAAGUAGCAACUGGUAUGCUGCAAGCGGUGAUGAAUCUGGAUGGCCAGUGAUCUAUAUUAGGCCAAGUGAGCAAUGGGAGGUGCUUCCUUCAAAGAGGAACACUGUUUUAGAGUUAAAACUGCAAGCUCUUUCUGAAGGCAAGGUGUUUGGUGCUAUCUGCUUGAAAAUGCGCAAUUGCACUCCUGGUACAAUGCAUACUUUUGUGACGCCUAUUGAGGUAGAGGUGCAUACGCGAACCUACUAUGAUUCCAGUGGCUUAAUUGCUGUCACAUUUGAGCAUAUAUCGACUUGUGAUGAUGAAAGUGGGUCGGUAUUUUCACUUUCUUUACGGAAUGAUGCGCCAACGUUGCUGAGGAUUGUAGGUAUUACUGAGGAUGACAGAAAUGGCCCGAUGCUCUUUCAGGUUAAGUACCUGAAUGGAUUGAUACUCUUCCCUGAUACUGUAACAGAUAUAGCUUUACUAAGAUACACUUCUUCAGUUCCAGAGGACAUUUCAUUCAGCAGCUGCAAUAUAGUGGUAGAAACAAACAGUACCCUUGCUAGUUCAAUCAUAAUACCAUGCAAAGAUUUAGUGCGUGCAUCUCUUUCCUAUACAAGUACUUCUAUCACUACUGAAUCCGGUGGACCAUUUACCAGACCAUCAUAUGAGGAAGAUAUCUCUGCUAAUGCAAGGACGAGAACUUUAGGCACCAUGCUGCAAAUAGAAGACUUGCAUAAUGUGAAGCCAAUGAUCAUGAGAGCAGUCAAAGCUGAUGAUACAAUACUUAGACAAUGGAGAUCUCAUGGAACAAGAGAUGGGAUUUCUGUUCUAAUGGAUCAUGAAAUGAUGUUUCCCGUUGUGCAAAUUGGUUCACAGUUUUCAAAAUGGAUAAAGGUCCAUAACCCAAGCCUGGAGUGUGCAGCCAUGCAGCUGGUAGUGAACUCCGAGGAAAUCAUAGACCAGUGCAAAACUGUAACUGAUGUAUGUGAGCUCACAUUCUCAAGCAAAUCUCCAGAGAUUAACUCAACUGAGACUAGAUUUGGUUUCUCGUUAAGUGAUGCAGCAAUCACUGAGGUCCAUCUUUGUCCUUCAGAGACUGCUUUGCUUGGUCCUAUUGUCUUCCGUCCCUCAAAUCGCUGCAUGUGGUCAAGCAUGGUUUUGAUCAGAAACAACCUGUCAGGAGUGGAGAUGUUGCCUCUCCGGGCAUAUGGCGGACGACAAUCUAUUGUCCUUUUAGAGGAAUCCAAACCUGCUUGGAAGCUAGAGUUUAACCUUGGCUCCAAUGUUCAGAAUAACUCAACAAUGACCAAACAAGAGGUCCCGAGCUCUUUGUGCAGUCAACAGUUAACCAAGGAGAUACAUGUUAAAAAUAGCGGUGACCUUCCUCUUGAAGUAACAAAGGUUAAAAUUUCAGGAGCUGGUUGUGGUGUGGAUGGUUUUACUGUGGACAACUGCAAGGGAUUUAGCUUAGCUCCAAGUGAAUCAAUAAGAAUGCUCAUUUCUUUUCAAGCUGACUUCUCUUCAGCUAUGGUUCAGAGAGAUCUUGAGUUGGUCAUGACUACUGGCAUCUUUCCGAUCCCUAUGACUGCAAAUAUUCCUGUAUGCAUGCUUAACCAAUGCAGAAAGUCUUAUCUCAGAUCUGCUCAUUGGAAGCUGUUGGUACUCUCCUUUGGAGCUUUAACACUGCUUGUUCUGGUCUUUGUCCGAUACGCCCCACAUACUUUGACAGCGAACUCUCAAGAUCAUUACAUGGAAAUUGAUGACAGGAAAAGUACCAUUUUUGAGGAGAACAGGAAAAGUAGUACCAUUAGCAAGACUCUUAAGCCAUCCUUCCUUCACCAAAGCAGCAAAAAGUCCAGGGCCAUAAAGGAACACAAAAGAACUGAAGAAGCUCUUGCUGAGAAAUACCCUGCCACUGUUAUUGAUAACUCCAAGAGUACAGAUGACAAGAACAAUCCUGAUGAACAACUGCAUACAACUUCGACUGUAUCUGUGUCCCCAACUAAUCCAGUGGAAGACAAAGUCUCAGGAGAAGCUCCACAAACUAGUGAAAAUCUCACUAUCAGGAUUGCUCGAGACAAAGGGAAACGAAGGAAGCGGAAAGUUGGUGGUGCAGGACUGGCAGGAAAGUUUGAGGUUUCUAGCAGCCACAGUGGGAACUCAACACCAUCUUCACCAUUGUCACAAGGUUCAACCCCAAAACAAGGUUGGUCUUUUUCCGGGGCACCAUCAGAGCUGAAGCAUGACAAUAAACUUGAGACUGGAUUCGAUGUUGAGGCAACCACAUCAUCAGCUGGCGCUAACCGUGAGAAGAAAACUUGGUCGCAAGUCACCAAGGAGCAGCCUCGCUCGCGUUCAGCCUCACCUGGAACUACAUCACCUUCAGCUCCUGCACUGACCACCACCGCAUGGCGCUCGCCAAUGUUGGCCGCUUCUUCCCCGAUUGCGCUGCACGCUCGUGCUCCUGGCUCCAAUCUGGUGAAAGACAAGGCUGUGAAGAGAGGUGAGGGUGCCGGGCUGAAGAAAGACUUCCAAUACGACAUAUGGGGAGACCAUUUCCCUGCAAACCUGCUGGGGAUAGCAAGGAAUGGCGCGCCAUGCAAGAUGCCUGUUGCUUCUGAAGGGGCCUCAUAUAGCUUGUUCGCUAGAGAGCCCCAAACCCUCAUGAUGAAGCCAUCAUCUGGACCACCCGUGUCUCGCGGCCGCGGACCGCCGCCGUCUGAUGUAGCAACUGGUUAUGCAAUAAAAUGAGCUGAAAAAAAAAGGCUGAAAUAAUUUGAGCCGGGUUUGUCGUUG